AUGCCCACUGAACAUCCUGUCCCGGAAACACGGGUGCUGGCUAUAGCUAGCCAUGUCGUGUCCGGCCAUGUGGGAAACAAGAUUGCCGUGUUUGCCAUGCAGUCACUUGGAUGUGACGUAGCAGCACUGAAUACGGUGCAAUUCAGCAACCACACAGGAUACAGACAAUGGAAAGGCACGCGCAUAACUGGUGAUGAGCUGUGGGAGCUCUACGAAGGAUUAAGACAGUCGUACCUCAACGAGUUUGACAUGAUGCUGUCUGGAUACCUGCCUGGGGCCGCGGCCGUGGAGUCGGUAGGACGCAUUGCCGAGGAGCUGCGACAUAAAGCGGCCGGAAACCCUGGCAGCUUUUUCUGGGUGCUGGACCCGGUGAUGGGUGACAACGGCAGGCUCUAUGUAGCACCAGACGUCCUGCCUGCCUAUAAGAAGCAGCUCAGCCAUGCCGAUUUGAUUCUACCCAAUCAAUUUGAAGCAGAACUCCUGUCCGACGUCAAGAUUGAAAGCAUGAACUCUUUGCAGGCGGCCAUCCAGGCGAUGCAUGAGCGCUACAAGGUCCCACACAUCAUAAUCACGUCGGUCUCUCUAGAGCAUCCCGACCACCCGAUGUCGUCGCUAUCGGUCGUCGGCUCGUCGAUGACGUCGACAGGCCAGGCACGGCUGUUCAAGAUCGUGUUUCCGGCCAUCGACUGCUACUUCAGCGGCACAGGCGACAUGUUUGGCGCGCUGAUGGUGGUGCGCAUGCGUGAGGCCAUUACGAGAUCAGCACCAGACCUGCUCCACCGAGACUCGUGGCUCAGUGACGACUCUGUAGCCGCCGUGGACCUGCCGCUGGCGCGAGCUGCCGAGAAGGUUCUGGCGAGCAUGCACGAGGUGCUGGCCAAAACGUGUGAGGGCCUGGACGCAGAGAUGAAGCAGGCAGGUGAGAAGCUGGACCGCAUGGGGAUCACCGGAGAUGAGGAGCGAGCAAAAGCAUUCCAUCUGCUCCGGUCUGGGUCUGCUGAGCUGCGGUUGCCCCGAAACGUGAACUCCCUCAAAUAUCCCAAAAUUGAGUUCCGAGCGGUGCCUUUUUAA